AAGUAUGACAUAACCACAUAGAGACAAACUGCAAUAGCAGCAGGGCCCCCAAUUAGCUCAGAGCAAGACAGAAGGGCACAUAAUGGUGUACAUUCCCCUUCCAGCAUAAGUAACAUCUACUAAAGCAUGAAGCGCUGCCUCUGCUGCUCCUGGGUGCUUUGGCCAUCUUCAUAAACCCAUUACAUGGAGAUGAGGCAUUCCAAUACAUGAACACAGGAUGCAAUGGAGAGACCGUUUACCACACUGUGAAUAUUAAUGAGCAAAUCAAAAUUGCUGUGUUUAAUGUCUACUCUGGACGACAAACAUCCAAUGCUGUCUUUGAUUACAGCCAGAACAUAGUUGCCUACCACAUGCCAUACAGAGGCAUCUGUGUAGUGGCACACAUGGAUAUCGCCACCUUCCCAGAUCUCGGACGCUUGGAGGCGCUAAUUCACACCAAGAGGGACAGAGAGAAGGACCUGGAGGACCUGCACAAGCAUUACUUUGUCACUAACCAGCAGGUGAACGAUCUCGCUCAGUUUGGUAACGCCGUGCAAGGUCUGUGCUGGGGAAUUCCAACCUACUGGGCCCGCGAGUAUGCCACCCCGAGGGAAGGAUUAGGAGCUCAAGGCUGCGCUGGUAUCCACUUUCUCUUCAUCCAUGUUGGCCUGUGCGCAGGUUUCCACCUCUUCUAAUCCGCCCAACGACUGCAGACAUUCUGGUGCUGUCCACACUCCCAACCUCAUCCUAAUACAAUGAAUAUUCAGUUUCCCUGGCUGUCUGUACUGUGCGUCCUGCAAUCAAAGUGUUUCUAUAGCCAGUAACCUGUCCUGGCCAGUAACUGUGUCUGAGAUACACCAGCUAUUACUCCAGAUCAAUAAAGAUACAUUUACAGUAUGAC